GCUUUGGUGCAGGCGGAAACUCAGCAACAGUAUUUCUAUGGUACAGGCAAGCGCAAGAGGGCUAUCGCGAGGGUACGGCUUUACCCCAACUCUGACGGCGGACCGAUGCUGGUCAACGGGAAAUUGGUUGAAGACUAUUUCAACUGGUUGCCUUGGCAAGUCGUCAUCAAUGAACCUUUCAGGGUAACGAACACCACCAACCGGUUUCAAUUGGUCGUCAAGGUAACUGGUGGUGGUGUAAAUGCCCAGGCUGAGGCCAUCAGGCACGGCAUCACGCGGGCAUUGAUAGUGUUUGACGAGGAUCUGAAGCCAACACUGCGACGGCACGGCCUCGUCACUCGUGACUCCCGUAUUAAGGAAAGCAAGAAGUACGGUCUAAAGCGAGCUCGCCGCGCUCCUCAGUACACCAAGCGCUAG